GGGCCGGCCGUCAGCUGACUGUGGCGGCGGCGGCCUCGCGGGACCACCGACGGUUCGUGGCUCCGCGCGGAGGGUCGCCGGCGCGUCAGCUCUCUGCGGGCGAGGCGCCGAGCCGGUCAGACCAUGGCGACCACCGUCAGCACGCAGCGCGGGCCGGUGUUCAUCGGGGAGCUCCCGCAGGACUUCCUGCGCAUCACGCCCACGCAGCAGCAGCAGCAGAUCCAGCUGGACGCUCAGGCGGCCCGGCAGCUGCAGUGCGGAGGGGCGCUGGGCAGUGUGGGCCGCCUCAGCAUCACCGUGGUGCAGGCCAAGUUGGCAAAGAACUACGGCAUGACCCGCAUGGACCCCUACUGCCGGCUGCGCCUGGGCUACGCGGUGUACGAGACGCCCACGGCCCACAACGGCGCCAAGAACCCGCGCUGGAAUAAAGUCAUCCAGUGCACGGUGCCCCCGGGCGUCGACUCCUUCUACCUAGAGAUCUUCGAUGAGCGGGCCUUCUCCAUGGACGACCGCAUCGCCUGGACGCACGUCACCAUCCCCGAGUCGCUGAAGCAGGGAAAGGUGGAGGAUGAGUGGUACAGCCUGAGUGGACGGCAGGGUGACGACAAGGAGGGCAUGAUCAACCUGGUCCUGUCCUACACGUCGCUGCCGGCUGCCAUGGUGAUGCCGCCUCAGCCUGUGGUCCUCAUGCCCACCGUGUACCAGCAGGGCGUCGGCUACGUGCCCAUCACAGGGAUGCCCGCCGUCUGCAGCCCCGGCAUGGUGCCCAUGGCCCUGCCCCCAGCCGUGAGCGCCCAGCCCCGCUGUAACGAGGAGGACCUGAGAGCCAUCCAGGACAUGUUCCCCAACAUGGACCGGGAGGUGAUCCGCUCCGUGCUGGAGGCCCAGCGAGGCAGCCGGGACGCCGCCAUCAACUCCCUGCUUCAGAUGGGCGAGGAGUCCUAGAUGCGUCCCGGACCUGCGGGCCAGGCGUCCCCGGGAGCCCCGCCCCGAGCCGAUUCCUGUGAAAGCGCUGUGCCCCCCCCUCCCCGACGUCCGCGUCCCCGCCCCCUCCCUUGCUGGUGCAUGUGGCCUCGUCCCACGGCUGCUCUCGGCGUCGGUUGGGUUGGGUGGGUGGCUUCCCUCUUGCUUCACAUCGGAGAAGAGCCGACCGUGGCGUGGCCCGUGUGCCCUCGCUGGCUCCCCGCCCCCGGGCGCACGUGUUCCCCCUCACGCCGCCCGGGGGGCUCUCCUGGGAGCGCCUGCCCCGCCAGGGCCUUGGCGCUGAGCCGCCUCCGGUUUGAUUGCUGGCCUGCGAUGACGCUACCUGAGCCGGGAGACCCAUGAGUUUAAGGCACGUAGAGUCCGCGAGCAGCUGGCCUGGGGUUAUUGUUAGAACUUUCAGGCUGAGGGCGCCUGUCCUUCCCUCGGUGUGCUCUGUGGCCUGCUGACCAGGGUCUGGGGUGGCCUCGCCCGUGGGCAUGCAGAGCCGUCGUCCUCAGCUCUGGAGGCCCCUGAAGUCUCUCCUGCUGUUCCACACCAAGUCUGCGCAGCGUGCUUCCGAGAGGCAGGGGUUGCAGCCCCUUGCUGUGACCCCCUCUUGCUGCAGAACCAGAGGCUGCAGGUGUGAGAAGUCGGUCCAGUACUUUGUUUUGUUUAUUAAAGGGCAUUUAGGAACCGCUGGCUCACUGCUGACGUUAAUUUAAGAGCACGUGGAGCCCCCGUGCUGUCGCUUAGUCUGGAUGACAGGGAGGACGUCUGGGGACCAUGGGCACUUGAAGUCUUCCCUCGAGGCAGGUGGUGCCUGUGCAGUGUGGGCCGCACCCUGGCCCGGCUGCGGCCUCGGACGCAGAGGUUGGGGCAGGCUGGGUGACAUUCACGAGAAUCAGGUAUCUGAGAAGUGUCUCGAAAGCGAUGCACUUAGAAUAACAUGGGUGCUUGGGAGACGCACCUGGCGGCUGCAGUCCCUGCUCCGUCCUUGGAGGCGCCCAGCCUUUGGACACGGAGGUGGAUUCAGCAGCGUGGACUUCUGUGCAAGGUCAGCAGAGGGAGUCAGGACCUGAACUUGGUCCUUGCACCUACACACACAGGUUAGGUGUGAUGUCGGCCAGAAAGGCUGCUUUCUGCCCCCGAGGGGUGCAUCAGACCUGCUGUCCAGGCGGUGGCCCUGGGUGGGGACCUGCGUCGGGGGUUGGGUUUGGACCACGUGUGCCUUGCUGCAGACUUGCUCUCUGAUGCUCAAGAGCACUGGGUGGGCGGCGGUGGCCCUGGUGUUAGGUGGUGACUGCAGGGCACAGGCGCGCCCCGCCUGCUCGCAGACAUGCGGCCCCCGGGGCCUCUGUUUGUGGGGGGGAGGGGGGCGUGGCUUCAGGACAGGCCCCAAACCUGCCACUGCACCUCCCUUCCUGUGGACGCUGCUUCCGUCGCACAUCACAGGGCGCACGUGGUGUGAAGCCUUCGUUAGUUAAAUCAGACUCCCAUCUGCUGUGGUCACAGUCGGGCCCUGUGUCGUGGGCGGUGCAGCCCGUCAGGGAGGCCUGCCCAGGCUCGGGCGCCCGCAGCUGCCGGGUCCGGGGGCCACAGUGCCUUGCAGGUUGUUGCUGCUCUGAUGAUCGCUCUGGGUCCAGUCCGGCCGUGUUGGUGAGGAGAGAAGCAUUUCCAGCAGCCCCUCCCCCGUCCCCGCUCCCGCCCUGUCACAGGCCCUGGGGCGUCUGCUGUGCGAUGUCUGCCGAAAUGGUCCUGAUCAUUCUGUUGGGGUCCAAUGUCCAGAUUCCUCUUGAAUCGUAAAAUGUAUUUUUACUUUCAGUCUUCUACUUUAAUAAACGGUCUGUGUGAAAA